AUGAGCGGGUAUACAGUUGUUAUCGUACUAAUUGCUGUUGUUGGUCUUUCGGCAUUGGCAUGGGUAUUUGCGCCGCAAGAAAACAGAACUGUGUUUAGAUCAUCGGUAAUACUAGGAUUAGCCAUGUGUUAUCUUAUGUGGGCAAUUACAUACUUGGCACAAUUACAUCCGUUGGAGGCUCCAAGGAGGUCGGACUUGAGACCAGAACAUACAAAGUGA